GUUAUGUACUGUCUUUGUCGUUUAUUAUUGUAAUUUUACUGCGAAACCGGUACAUUUUUACGUAAUUACCUCGUUAGUAAUUAUUACACAAAUUCCAAACUUACUUUUGUGUGAAAAGCCGCUGGCUUAUACAUAUAAUUAUAUAGAUAUUUAUGUGCCAAAUGGAUAUUGCACGUUUACGGAAUGGAGCGCAGGAAACUUCGGCGAGGGGUGCAAGUGAGCUUGAAACAAAAAAAGAAAUUGUUAGAAUAUAUAACAAAGCACCCGGAGCUGAUCUCUUGUAAGGUGACGCAAGACUUUACAUAUCAAGAUUCACAAAAUCUGUGGCAGUCCAUAGCCGACGAAUGCAAUAAGCUUCCUGGAGCUACCAAGACUUGGAAACAGUGGAAAAAAACUUGGCACGACCUUCGUUCAAAUACUAAGAAGCGUGAGAAAAUCACGGAUGGAUCCCUACCGCCUUCUUUAAGCAUGUUGACUGCUGCUGAGAAAGAAGCUUUGGGUCUGAAAACCACAACAGUAUCCAACUACCAAGAGACCACAGAGUUCAUACCACUAGAAUCUGAAAACCCAGAAGACAAUUACCAGUACGUGAUGGAAGCUCAGUCUUUAAGUGAACCUGAAUCACCCCCGGAAACAAAACUGUUUGUAAAACACCGAACUAAAUUAAAAAACAAUAGUUCAAAAAAUGAUUCACAGUCUUCCAAUAACUGCUCAUUCAACUGUGAUCUUUUAGCUGCUCAUGAGCAAAGAAAGCUGGAACUUAAAGAAGACUACAUCAAUUUUAAAAAGGACUAUUUGAGGCAGAAGUUGAAACUUAUCAAGGAGCAAACAGAGGCACUCAAAACUAUUGCUAAGGAACUCAGUGAGAAGUAACCAGGAACUGGAAAUAAACUUAUGUUAAUGAAUUCUGAAGCCAUGUCAUAUAGACUGUUUCAUUGUAAAUAUUUUAAAUGAUCUUGUGUAUUAUAUUUCUUUUAUGAAUAAAGUAUUUGUAUGACAA